UUCCAUAGUCUCCAAUUCCCACUUCUUAUAUUGUUUGUUUUUUCGUUUAUCUUUAAUGAUGAGUACUCUCACAAAUUGUGUCACUGUUUUUAUAGUUGUUUGUGUGAUAUGUAACAAUGGUGUUGAAGCGUUUCAUCGCAUAUAUCCUCAUCUUCAAUCAGUUUCAACUCCUUCUGUGAGUAAACUUCAUAGAACUGGAUACCAUUUUCAACCUAUUAGGAACUGGAUCAACGAUCCAAAUGGGCCCAUGUACUACAAAGGAGUCUACCAUCUAUUCUACCAAUACAAUCCCAAAGGAGCUGUUUGGGGUAACAUUGUAUGGGGCCACUCAGUAUCAAAGGAUCUCAUCAAUUGGAAACAACUUCAACCCGCCCUAUACCCAUCCAAACCCUUUGACAAAUACGGGUGUUGGUCUGGGUCGGCCACGAUCCUCCCGGGUCAAGGACCUGUCAUCCUCUACACGGGAGUUGUUGACAAGCGAAGCAAUGAGGUCCAAUGUCUUGCUAUACCCGCAAAUGCAUCUGAUCCGUUUCUCACAAAAUGGGUUAAGCCUGACCGCUUAAAUCCAAUUGUGAUUGCGGAUCACAGCAUGAACGGGUCAGUGUUUCGGGACCCAACCACGGCUUGGUUGGGCAAGGAUGGACAUUGGAGAAUGCUUAUUGGCGGCAAAAAGAAAGAUAGCGGAUUAGCCUAUUUAUAUAGGAGUAAGGAUUUUGUGAAAUGGAUUCGGGCCAAGCACCCGAUCCAUUCGGCUAAAACCACGGGCAUGUGGGAAUGUCCAGAUUUUUAUCCAGUUUCUUUAAAUGGAAAAAAUGGGUUAGAUGCUUCUAUGACAGGGAAUAGUGUUAAGCAUGUGCUAAAGAAUAGCCUUGACAUGACUCGAUACGAAUACUAUACCAUCGGAACGUAUUUACAAAAUAAGGAUAAGUAUAUUCCAGAUAACACUUCAGAGGAUGGUUGGGGUGGCCUUAGAUAUGAUUAUGGCAACUUCUAUGCUUCAAAAUCAUUCUUUGACCCAAGCAAGAAUAGAAGGAUCAUAUGGGGAUGGGCAAAUGAAUCAGAUUCUAAAGAAGAUGAUGUUAAGAAAGGAUGGGCAGGAAUUCAGGCAAUUCCAAGAACUGUGUGGCUUGAUUCUGGUGGGAGACAGUUACGACAAUGGCCCGUUGAAGAAUUAAAUACUCUGAGAGGGAAAAAAGUUGAGAUAGGCAACCAAAAGCUUAAGAAAGGAGAUUAUGUUGAAGUAAAAGGGAUUACCGCAGCUCAGGCUGAUGUGGAAGUUACAUUAUCAUUCUCAAGCUUGGACAAGGCAGAGGAAUUUGAUCCUAGGUGGGUGAAUGCAGAGGAUCUCUGUGCACUAAAGGGUUCAAAUGUUCAAGGUGGGGUUGGACCAUUUGGACUUUUGACACUGGCUUCACAAAAACUUGAGGAGUAUACUCCAGUGUUCUUUAGAAUUUUCAAAGCUUCAAACAAACACGUGAUUCUCAUGUGCUCUGAUGCAAGAAGUUCCUCUUCGAAUAUUGAAUUGUACAAGCCAUCAUUUGCGGGCUUUGUAGAUGUGGAUUUGGCAAAUAAUAUGAAACUUUCUCUUAGGAGUUUGAUUGAUCACUCUGUAGUGGAGAGUUUUGGAGCUGGAGGGAAAACAAACAUAUUGUCUAGGGUUUAUCCAAAGCUAGCAGUGAAAGAAAAAGCUCAUUUGUUUGUGUUCAAUAAUGGUAAUGAGCAGAUCACUGUGGAGAACUUAAAGGCAUGGAGCAUGAAAUCAGCUCGUCGAAAUUAACCAACUAGAAAUCAAUAUAAAAUGAACGAAUAAAUCUAAAUAGUAUUUCUUAUCUUAAUUUUAUAGGAACAAUGAUCUGUUAACUUUUUAGCCUUUAUUAAUUAGUUUUAUCUAUGAUGUUGCCACUUGAAGUGAAUGAUUCGAUAAUAUAAUAUGAUUUUAAACACGUGGAUGUUACUUUAAACUAA